AUGGGCAAGAAGAGAAAGGCGGGUCGUCCCGCACAGGGCAAAGAGCCCGAGCGCACCAAGUUCGAUAUCGAAGAGCGAUUCGACGAUUCCGAGGAUGACUUCCAAGCCGGCCGGGAUCAGAUUCUGCUGGAGGAGGGCCCCGAUGCCAAAAGGCGGCGGAGAGUUGCCGAGCAAGAGGAGAUGCUCCAACCGUCUGACGAAGAAAUCCUCGGCUACGAGUCGGUGGACGACGAGGACAACGAAGAUGACGAGGAGGAGGAUUAUGGGGACGAUGCCGAACCCGAGGAUGACUACGACGACAUGGGCCAGCCGUUGACAAAAGAUCGACAGGGCGCCCAAUCUGACGAAGAAGAUGAGGGUAUUGCAGCUUGGGGCUCGUCUAAAAAGGAUCUCUACAAUACAGACCAGAUCGAGACCGAGGUUGAUGCCCUGGAAGAAGAACAGGAAGCCAAGAGAUUGCAGCAGAAACAGUUGCAGACGAUGAACGAGGCGGACUUUGGGUUCGACGAAUCCGAAUGGAUGGACUCCGGAAAGGCACCCGAGGGCGAAGCAGAGGAUGCGGGCGUGGUGACGGAAGUGCUUCCCCAGCUGGAAGUCACCGAUCAAAUGGGAACCGACGAGAAAUUGAAAAUUCUCAAGUCGAGGUAUCCCGAAUUUGAGCCUUUGGCCAAGGAUUUUGUCGAUCUUCAACGUAUCUUCCAGGAGCUCCAGAAGUCCGCGUCAGAAUCGGCGGAAGCAACAAAGGAAGAGUCCUCAGAUGAGCCACAGCCAUCUCCCGUUGCCGUCAUCAAACUUCGCGCUCUGUCUGCUUAUAUGGGCGCGAUUAGCAUGUACUUCAUGCUUCUUGCGUCCCCGUCUUCCGACACCACCAAUGAACACGCUCCGCUGUCCCCCGCCGAGCUCCGACAACACCCAGUCAUGGGCUCUCUCGUGAAAUUCCGAAAGCUCUGGCACACGGUGAAGGAUCUCACCGUUUCCGAGGCCCCCAAGACGACAGCUACUGUCAAGGAGACCAAACCGACAGCCGAGCCCGAGCCAAGCAAGGCCCAGAAACAACCUGCGAAGACAAAGGAGACCAAGAAGACAAAACAGAAGAAGAACCUGAGCAAGGCACAACAAGCAGCAGAGGCAGCACAGGCCGAAGCCGAAGCCCGCCGGGCGGAGCGUCUCCGUGAAACCGAAGCUGGCCUAGCUGAUCUCUCGAACCUGGUCACUGAGCCGGCGCGCAAGCGCAAGAGCCAGAAGACCAAGGCGUCCGCCAAGGGCGGCGACGACGACUCGGACUUCGGCGACGAAGACGCCCUCACAACGCGCGAGGCAGAGGAGAAGGCCAAGCAGAAGCGCUCGCUCCGCUUCUACACGUCACAGAUGGCACAGAAGGCCAACAAGCGCCACGCGGCAGGCCGGGACGCCGGUGGUGAUGCUGACAUCCCGUACCGCGAGCGUUUGAAGGACCGCCAAGCUCGACUCAACGCUGAGGCCGAGAAGCGUGGCCGACAACGCCCUGACGUCGGACAGGAGCUGGGCGGUGACAGCGACGACGAUGAUCGCCGCGUCGCCCACGAGAUUCGCAACGGCGACCAAUCCGGCACCGACGAAGACGAAUACUAUGACAUGGUUGCGGCCCGCUCCAAGCAACGCAAGGGCGAGAAGAAGGCCCGUGCGGAUGCCUACGCGGCUGCUGCCCGCGAAGGCGGCCACGUCGAAAUGCAGGAAGAGAUUGGACCGGACGGCAAACGCGCCAUCACGUACCAGAUCGAGAAGAAUAAGGGUCUGACGCCGAAGCGGAACAAGGACUCGCGCAACCCGCGUGUCAAGAAGCGCAAGAAGUUCGACGAGAAGAAGAAGAAGCUGGGCAGUAUUCGCCAGGUAUACAAGGGCGGCGAGGGCCGCGGCGGUUAUGGCGGCGAGAUGACCGGUAUCAAGAAAAACCUGGUCAAGAGUGUCAAGCUGUGA